UCGGACGAUUGAGUUGCGUGUUCGGGAAGUGCGCGAAGGCUGCUCACUCAGAAUAAAAACAAAAAUAAGAUUUGAGUUGUUGAUUUUAAGCGUUACAGCGUUUUGCGUGGACGCUGUGCUUCCAUACAGCGUCGCAAAAAUGUUUGCAGGCUUACCAGAGUUGGGGAUUUCCAACGGCGAGGAUCUGAAGGAAACUCUGACUAACUGCACCGAGCCGCUGAAAGCCAUCGACCAGUUUCAGAUGGAGAAUGGCAUAUUGUUGCCAACCUUGCAGUCUGCACUGCCUUUUUUGGAUCUUCACGGUACACCUCGCCUGGAGUUCCACCAGUCGGUAUUCGACGAGCUUCGGGAGAAGCUGAUGGAGCGAGUUGCUUUCAUUGCAGAAGGCAAGGAAGAGGACAGAUACACUAAGCUGGAAGAGCUUCUUGAGAAGAGCUUCCCACUGGUCAAGAUGCCCUCCAUACAGCCUGUUGUAAUGCAAGUUAUGAAACACUUACCAAAGGUGCCAGAGAAGAAACUGAAACAGGUGAUGGCUGAUAAGGAGCUCUAUAAAGUUUGCGCAGUGGAGGUGAAGAGGCAGAUUUGGCAGGAUAACCAAGCUCUGUUUGGGGAUGAAGUCUCUCCUUUGCUCAAGCAGUACAUUGUGGAAAAGGAGGCCGCACUCUUCAGUAGUGAUCUCUCCAUCCUGCACAACUUUUUCAGUCCUUCACCAAAAACCCGCCGACAGGGAGAGGUGGUGCAAAAGCUCACUCAGAUGAUUGGGAAGAAUGUGAAGCUGUAUGACAUGGUGCUGCAGUUCCUGAGGACGCUGUUCCUGCGUACACGAAACGUGCACUACUGCACUCUGCGCGCUGAACUUCUAAUGUCCCUCCAUGACCUGGAUAUCAGCGAGAUCUGUUCCGUUGACCCCUGCCACAAGUUCACCUGGUGCUUGGAUGCCUGCAUCAGGGAGAAGUUUGUAGAUGCCAAACGGGCCAGAGAGCUGCAAGGCUUCUUGGACGGUGUGAAGAAAGGACAAGAGCAAGUGCUUGGGGACCUCUCUAUGAUCCUAUGUGACCCUUUUGCCAGUAACACACUGGUCCUGAGCACAGUGAGAAAUCUGCAGGAGUUGCUCAGCCAGGAUGCCUUGCCUAGAGACAGUCCAGACCUGCUCCUGCUCCUCAGGAUGCUCUCUCUUGGCCAGGGAGCUUGGGAUAUGAUUGACAGCCAGGUUUUCAAAGAGCCACGACUGGAAUUGGAAGUUGUUACUCGUUUUCUGCCAGCCAUGAUGUCGAUAGUGGUGGAUGACUAUACGUAUACUGUUGAACAGAAACUCCCUAGUGAAGAAAAGAGCUCAGGGACAUACCCCACCACCCUGCCUGAGACUUUUACCAGAUAUCUACAGGACAACAGAGUAGCAUGUGAGAUGGGGCUUUAUUAUGUACUUCAUAUUGCUAAGCAGAGGAAUAAGAAUGCCCUGCAGAGACUGUUGCCUGCUCUGGUGGAGACCUACAAUGACAUGGCAUUUGGAGACAUUUUCCUCCAUCUCCUGACAGGCCAUCUGACGCUUCUCUCUGAUGAGUUUGGCACAGAGGAAUUUUGCGCAGCUGUCUUUGACAACUUUCUGCUCACCUCUUUCUCUAGCAAAGAGAAUGUGCACAGACACACUCUGCGUUUGCUGAACCAUCUCCACCAGAAGGUGAACCAGUCAUCUAUGGAAACCCUGAUGAAAACCCUUGAACCACCCAAGCAGAGCAGUGAACAGGUGAAGGAGCUUUACACGCAGCUGUCAGAGAAGCUGGAGGCAUCCAAGCGGAGUCCGCCUCAGCCUGAAGAAGCUCCCGGCCUGGACCUAGGCCUUCAUCCUGUUACAGUCCCCACCACAGCCUCCACACCCACCACUCCACUUUGAGGAGACACCACAGACAUUCAGCAGGCUUCCGAGCAGAAAUACUUUAGAGAUAUGGACUACAGUAAAUCACUAGAGACUGAUUGAGAAGCAGCGCUACAUGGCAUCUGUUUAAGCUGCACCACUUCAACCAGUUUGUUGGAGUUUCUUUAUUCCUGUAUUAUUUCAAAAGCUUUUUCCUGCUUCAAAACGGCAACUUUUGAGAGCCAGUGGUUUUUGUAUAAAUGAGUAUUUUAUUAAAGUGUGGUCUUGUUUAAUUGUUGUAACAAUUCAAAAGAUACUUUUUUAUGUACAGCACUGUUGUUGUGACUGAUUGUGUAUGAUGUAGAUUUGGACUUGUGUUGGUAGCCAGCCAAGUUGUAAAUAAAUAUAUUUAGAAAAUGC